AUGCGCUCCGUGUUCGGUCAGAUGGUGGCCCGCCUGCCCGCACUCACGCAGGAGGCGCUCGCCCUGCCGCACCGCGUGUGGAAGGUCAAGUUCGUGGGUGAGAGCGUGGACGACUGCGGCGGUGGUUACAGCGAGAGCAUUGCAGAGAUGUGUGAGGAGCUGCAGAACGGAUCACUGCCGCUACUGAUGGCGACGCCAAACGGACGUGGCGACGCGGGCGCCUCGAGGGACGCCUUCCUGCUCAACCCGACCGCCACCACACCGCUGCAUCUUAACUGCUUCCGGUUCCUAGGUGUCCUGAUGGGUAUCGCGAUCCGCACGGGGUCGCCGCUGUCACUGUCGCUGGCUGAAGGCGUGUGGCGGCAGGUGGCUGGCCAGCCGCUGCGGCCGCAGGACCUCGCAGAAGUCGACAAGGACUUCUUGCCCGCCCUGCUGUGCAUCCGCGACAUGACACCCCACAAUAAGGAGCUACAGAACCUGGAGCUGCCGUUCUCGAUCCCGUCCGCGGCGGGUCACGAGGUGCCGCUGUCCACACGACACAAGCGAGUCACGCCCGCCAACAAGGACGAAUAUGUGCAGUUGGCGCUGCACUACAGGAUGCACGAGUUCGACGAGCAAGUCCGCGCGGUCCGCGACGGUGUGUCGCGAGUGAUCCCCGCGCCGCUGCUGGCUCUGUUCUCCGCGGCCGAGCUCGAGACGCUCGUGUGCGGCUCUCCAGACAUACCCGUGCAGGCGCUCAGAGCUUCGGCUACCUACAAAGGCGUGGAAGCGAAUGCCCCGCUGGUGACGUGGUUCUGGGAGGUGAUGGAGGAGCUGUCCGGAAGCGAGCGCGCGCUGUUCCUUCGCUUCGUGUGGGGACGGACGAGGCUGCCGAGGGCGCCCCAGGAUCCUCGCCAGAGAGACUUCGUUCUGCAGGUUCUGGACAAGUAUCAGCCACCAGAUCACUUCCUGCCCGAAAGCUACACAUGUUUCUUCCUUCUCAAGAUGCCAAGAUAUUCGUGCAAAGCUGUACUGCGGGAGAAAUUGAGAUACGCGAUUCAUUUCUGCAAGAGCAUAGACACGGACGAGUAUGCGCGUGUCGCCCUCAGCGCGGCAGAGCGCGUGUCUUCAGAGGAGUCGGACUCGGAGGACAGUUGUCCCGCCCCGACCCGGGCGACUCCCGCGCUGUACUCGCUCUCGAGGCCAACCACUAACCUAUAAGGGUCGCUACACACUUACACUGGUCGGCCUGAAUCGACACAUUCAAACGGUAGCAUAUAUAAUGUAGGUUUAUGAAAUGCGCUUUAGCAAUCAAUACUUACAUAAUUUAUCCGUCUAGAUAGAGCCUCUUGCUACUAAACAGCUGAUAAAAACAGGCCCGUUUUAUUACUUUAGUGAGCGUGACUAGCUAUGUCUUACACUCGCGUUUUGUAUGUCACUUUGUGUUAGCGUGCGUGCAUUGCUCAAAAUAGAGGUUAACUGUCAACCUCAAUUUUUAUCGACCUUUUCUCAGCUGUCACAGUGUAUCUAGACGUAUAAAUGAUCUAAGCUGAUCUAAGAAGAUCAAUAUUCAAUACAGCUAAUUGCUAGACGAAAACAGCGUGUGUUGUAUGAAGUUGUUAGACACUUGCCGAACAAAGUCCAACAUGUAUAGUGAUUGCUUCGAAACAGUUUUGUUAUUCAACGAAUACUUCUGAACCGUUUAAAUAUGGUGCAACCAUAUUCAACAUUAGUCGGUACAUAAGGGUUUGGUGACAGAGAAGUAAAUUAUUCGCCAAUCCGCGCUGAUGUCGCAUUUUUCUCUUAGUGGAUAUAUUAUGUGGAUAUGUUGAGUCGGGCCAAGUGGUAAACCUCGAAAGGUGUCUGUGCACCACACCGUACAAGACCAUGGCCACACUAUGAACAUUUCAGGUACGGAAAGAAACUAACUAAAUCCACUGGGACGUAUCCUCAGUACCAUAGUUCUUGAUACUCGAAGAAAAUUAUCUUUCCUGACACGUCUAGCAGUGUCAUGGUACGACGUAAUGUAGUGGGCAUAAUUUAUAUAUAGACCUUAAAUAACACUUAACUAAGCUGACCCAGUAGAAAUGCUUAUUAAGAAUGACGACGAUAGUAUUCAAUUAUAUAGAUUGUCAUUUCGAAUUUUUUAAUGCUUGCAUAAAAAUAUCAACCAACAAGUUUCUAGUCUUUCACGGUUUUACGCUGAAACGAACAGUUUCCAGACCAUCUAUCAAAAAUAUGACACCUGUCAAAAGACGGUCGCCAUUUAUAGUUUUAUUGGCACGGCCAUGUCUUGGCAACUUUAUGUAUACGCUUCUGUUCAGUAUAUUAUGUGUAAUAAGUAUUAAAAUUAGUAAUGUUAAAGAAGUCAAAUUAUUGCCAACGCCUUAUUCUAGGACCAUUCUUAAUAUUGCAGUUGCGGAUCUAACACUAGAUAAUCUUAGAAUAAUCGCGGCCUAAGGAUUAAGCAGUUUAUCAAUUUAAAUUAAAUGUAUGAUAUUUUCGCCGAAUUUUUGUAACAAGCAACUUGAUUUUCAAGUAAGAAAAACCAUUCCAGUUAUAGUAUUAAUUAAAUAUCGAUAAUUUCUAAAUCGGAUAUCGAUAUCACUAGCUAAAUGUAUUAUUCGUCACUUUUUAAAUAUAAAGAUGUACUGCCUUUCUGUUUAAUCAUAAGAUAUUGGAUGUUUUGAUACGAAUAAUUAUUUAUUUAAAUUAUUAAUAGGUUUUAAUUAUAAUAAUUUAAACUAGAUAUAAGUUUAUAGCUCGGCGCUUAAGUAAUAUUUACUCCAUCCAAAGGAGUUUCCAUUAUCUGUAAAUUGUUGUCAUUGCGUGUAAAUGUGACGUUAUUGACAUAUGAGACCACAAAGAUGAGGUUGUAAGUGUAAACUCAUUACCUCAUCUUUGUUGUUAUCAGGGUUGGAUGAUGUGAUGAAAAACUAAGACUGUUUUUGAGUGCGCAAAAGAGGCAAAUUACCUAUAAAAAUAUCGAAUAUUGAACUUAUGUCUGUUGGAAAACUUGGAGUGAUUUUUAUUUAUUAUGUAUACGUAUGAUAUUUUAUAUUUACCGAGCUAAAGUAUUGAAUGCUAGUCAUUUUAUGAAAAAAGAAACACUUCUUGAGAAUUUAUUAAGCAAACGUGCUGCAAGCAAGCAAAAUACUGCAGUCCUUACUAACUGAUGAGAGAAAUAUUAACGAUAUUAACUUCAAAUUUUUAGGUUAUAUGAAAAAAAUAUGUCAUAAAAUGAUUCUAAAAUAUGGCUUAGUUUUAUUGAGCUUGUUGAUCAUAACUACAUUGCUUAAAAAUUUGGUUUAUAUAACGCGUUAUCAAUGAUUUAUAGAGGCGUUACGUCAUAAACAGCCGCCAUGACACCUAGAUGUUUUCGCGCGUAACUCUAAAUAAAUUCAGAUUUUUUUCCAAACUAAUACACGUGCACCGACAUAGUGCAUGAGAAAUCCAAAAUGUGUGAUCAUGCCUAAUAAUUGAUUAAUUAUUUUUCAAGGUCACAUCACACAAGAUUUACAUUCAUCGAUAAGAAUAUGCAAUUGGUUUUAUGUAAGAUUUUCUAUGUAGACUUGUAGAAUGUGAUAUUUUACAAUGAUUUGUCAUUUGGUGUAACCAUAAAAUGCUGGUGCUUUUAUAAAUAUGGUGAUACUGAGCACAAAGUAGAGGACUAGAUAUUGGCUAUUGAUAUUAUUGAUUUAUUAAUCGAAUGCACCACCAAAGAAUAUUGUAAAGAUCUGUAAUCAGUAGUGUUAUGCUUCUUUUAUCCAUUGCUGCAAUUAUGUAUAUGAAAAUAAUAUUCAAUCUCAGA